UAUCCCGGAGCUUAUAGACUGCAUGUAAACAAUGCCUGGUAUUCCUCCUUGAAGCACAAACAGCUGCCAAAAUGACUGAUAUUACGGUGUAUGUGGUUCUGGCUACGGUCGUGGCAAUCAUCCUUGCUGCUCUCACUUUCUUCCAGCGAGGACGAGGGAAAGAAGAAGAAAAUGGAGGAGUACCUGCUCCUCGUCCACGCAUUGGGAAUGAAGGCGGCAGAGCUGCAGUUGGCAAUCGAGCAGUUGCCAACAGGAAUGCCCGCGCAAGAAUGCGAGCUGCAGCACGUCGUCGAGAUGACUCAGAUGUGGAGGAGGAGGAAGAACCAGAAAUUGAAAGUGAAAUUGCUUUACCCGAAGGAAAGAUUGGAAAAAAGAAGCUGGCAAAGCUCCAAGCAAAGGCAGAAAGAAGAGCCACCAGAGAGGCUGAAGAGCGAGAGCGAGCUGAGAAGAAAGAGCGUGAGGAGAGAGCUGCUGAAGAAAGAAAAAAGAUAGAAGAACAGAAGGCAGAAGAGGAGGCUAAGCGUCUGGAACAGGAAGAAAAAGAGCGAGAGGAAAGGAGGAUAAGAGAGCAUGAGGAGUACUUGAAGAUGAAAGUGAUGUUUGAAGUUGAGGAGGAAGGUUUUGAUGACAAUGUAGAUGAGACCAAGGAGAAAGAUCUUGUCGCAAAAUUCGUCCAAUUCAUUCAGGAUGAAAAGGUUGUUGUGUUGGAGGAGUUGGCAGCCAGGUUCUCACUGAAGACAAAAGAUGCCAUUGACCGAGUCACAGAGUUGCAGAAGAAUGGAACCCUAACAGGUGUCAUUGAUGACCGAGGCAAGUUCAUCUACAUAAGCCAAGAGGAACUGCAAGAUGUUGUGAAGUUCAUCAAACAACGUGGCCGCAUUUCUGUAUCAGAAUUGGCAGAGUCUUCUAAUAAGCUCAUUACCCUCACUCCUGUGAACAGAGAGACCUCCUGUGCAAGCUAGUCACUUAAAAGUUCUACAGGAUCCAUGAUUGUUAUUUUUUUUUUUUCUUUUUGAUGCCCACAUUUACUUAGUUAUCAUUGUCAUGGCUUUAUUCAGAUCCAUUAUCUUGCUCAUAAACCAGUGCUCUCUUAGCCUGUCUUUUGAGAUUACCUAUCCAGUAAUAUUUUGCUCCUUUCCUUGUAACAAGAAACAAGGCUAAUCUUGUAUAUACUGGACAUUAGAAGAGCUGAUACAUAUUGUGGUGAUUUAAUACAAUGAGAUAAAUAUUGUAAAAAGUUUUCGAUGUUAAAUUUUCCUGUGUCCUCAGAGCAAAUCAUUUUGUUUGAUAUCAGGUGUAAAUGUUAUAUUUCUUUUCUUUUAUGAUAUAAAAACAAGGAUGAUUGGCAUGUAAAUACUUGUUUCCAUGUUUCAGAUUUCGGUACUUAUGUUUAUUGGUGCAAGUGUAAAUUUUCAUUAUCUAUCAUAAAUCUCCACAAUGUUUGUACCUGUAAAUUUAUUUGGUGUAUGUAUUAUGAUACAAAAAAUAUAUAGUUGGUUCUACCCCAAAA